AUUGACAACACAACCGUUUUAUUUCAACCGAUUUAUUACAAGUCGCGAUGAGUGUUAGAAAGAUACUCAAAAAUCCCGCACUGAAAGACCAUAAAAAGCAAGAACUGAACGAGGAAUGGACAAACUUUGUGACGAGAAUCGGUCAGGUUUCAGGUUUGGUGAAAGAUCUUGCUGGCGGCGACAAGGAAAAGUCUGACGCAGCUCUGGUCUUGGCUGAUAAAUAUCUGGAGGGGAAGGUUAUAUUAGACGAGGACGUGAAGUUGAACGUGAAAGAUGAUCGCACCGUCAUCAACCAGAAAGCCUUCCGGUCGAUGGAGAAGAAAGAUUCGGGUGAGAUGGACAAGGAUGCGUGGAUGGUAGAGAUGAGCAAGGACGCGGAGCAGAGGUACCAGGACCGCAAGAUUCGCAAGGAGAAAGCAGAUACGCUGAAGACCCAGGCAGUGAAGGCGUUCCGCCGGCAGGAGUACGACAGGGCACUGUCGUGUUACAACCGCGCUAUCGAACACGUCAAAGACGACCCGAUGAUGUACUGCGAUAGGGCUUUGACGAACAUCAAACUUGGGAACUUUCAGAAGGUUUUCAGCGAUUGUGAAUGGGCACUACGACUCAACGAGAGUAGCUUCAAAGCGCGUCUGUACAUGACGAAAGCGUACAAAGAACUGGAAGAGUUUGAGAAACUCGAGGAAGCGAAAAAGGAACUGUACGAGAAGUUUCCGCAGCACGGCGAACUUAUCCAAUACUUUCUGAACAAAAAAGAGGAUUUGGACGAAGACGAUACUCAGACCCAGUAAUCUGACAUAACAAUGAAAAUUUUCCUUCAAUAUCAUUGUCACUGUUGUGUAACGAUAAUUGAUUAUGUUGUAUCAAAUAUAUUUGUUUAAUUGAUAGGCAGUAUCAGAUAAAAAUAAUACCUACAUGAACUAUAUAGGUUUAAAGAUAAAAAAUUCGUAGAUACAAUUAAUUUUGAACAACAAUUAAUAAUGUGUUUAAUCGUUAAAUACCAAUAGUAAAAAUAAACUAACCCAGAGAGUGUUCCGAA